AUGCCUAGGCUAAAGUGGCCUACGCUAACGCCUACGCUAUGCAUUGGCCUACGCUAUACAGUGGCCUACGCUAUACAGUGGCCUACGCUAACGCCAACGCUAUACAAUGGCCUACGCUAUACAGUGGCCUACGCUAUACAGUGGCCUACGCUAACGCCAACGCUAUACAAUGGCCUACGCUAUACAGUGGCCUACGCUAUACAGUGGCCUACGCUAACGCCUACGCGAUACAAUGGCCUACGCUAUGCAUUGGCCUACGAUAACGCCUACGCUAUGCAUUGGCCUACGCUAUACAGUGGCCUACGCUAUACAGUGGCCUACGCUAACGGUGGAUCACUGGCAGCCUACGCUAUGCAUUGGCCUACGCUAACGCCUACGCUAUACAUGGCCUACGCUAAUAGUGGCCUAUGCCAUACAGUGGCCUACGCUAAUGGUGGAUAA